AGGGCAGGCGCUGCUAUCAUCCACGUACAGGAGCUGGCUGCAGCACAUACUCUAGCCAUGGCAGGUACACACCACGCUGGAUCCAAGAGGAUCACUGAGUUACAGAUUAAGAUUGAUGAACUGCAGACCACAAACUGGACCCUAGAACAGCACAUUGGACAUCUAACAGAAAAUAAAGAGUCUAUGAACAAUGAAGUUGAUAUCUUGACUCACAAAAAUGAGCAACUCUGCAAAGAACUGACAGAGAUAGACAAGCUAGCGGAGCAACUUGAGAAGGAGAAGGAGCAGGCUCUGAAUAUUGCCGAACAGGAACUAGAACAAGUAAAGAAUGAAGUAAGACAACAGCAGAAAACCAUUGAUAACUUGGAGAUAACAGUAAAAAAUGCAAAAUCGGAAUCUAACAUUGCCAAAGAACAAUUAGAAAAAACUGCAACUGAGCUGGAGGAGAAAAAGCAGGAUACCAGGGCCCUGAAUCUACUUUUAGACAAAAUGCAAGAAGACAGCGGCAGACUUAGCAAGAAAGUUGAAAAACUUGAGAAAGCCGAGAAGAAGAAUGUUUUAACAAAUGAGAAGGGUAAAGCAAAGUCUCCUUCUAAACUUGACUCAUUUGUAAGGAGUCUGGAGGAAGAAAGGGAUCACUACAAGAGAGAAGCAGAACAUCUGAGGAGGAUGCUUCGAGGUCGUAGCAGUAGUCCAAAGCGUAGCCCUUCCCGGUUCGACUCAGAAAUCAAGAAGACGGUUCGAGAACGUGAUGACCUCCAGAACAUGCUCACAAAGUAUGAGCGUCACAUGGCAGAAAUCCAAGCCAACGUCAAAGUUCUGACAUCAGAGAGAGACAAAACAAACUUGCUUUAUGAGCGGGCACAGCAAGAAAUCACCCAACUUCGAAGGGAGCUCAUGCGAUCUACAAAGACCCCCAAAGCCAGUUUAACAGCUCAAACCAUUCUGCGGCGUGUGGAGAGUGAAAGAGACAAUGCCAUUUCAGAUCUGAGGCGCAUGACCACAGAGCGUGACAGCUUGAGAGAGCGGCUAAAGAUUUCACAAGAAACAGCUAUAGGCGACAGAGCUCAUAUGGAACAGAAAAUUGAAGAAUUACAAUUAACAAUUCAAAUGCUAGAACGUGAACGAUUGGACCAGAAGUCUGAGCUGUCCCUAAUGAAGGACACAGUGUCAUCUAUGGAAACUGAAUUAAAAGUACUCAGCAGAAGAGCAGCUGAAACUGAAAAUGAGUUGAGACAGCAGAAGUCUGAAUGUGAUUCUCUGAGAUUGCUGAAUAACAAAACCGAACACGCCUUAGACGAGGCUCAGCGUCAACAUUCACUGAAGCUAAAUGAGCUGCAGUUAGUGCAGGAGAAAAAUGCCAGGCUAGAGAAUAAAAUAGAUGAACAGUCAAACCAAAACCUUUUCCAGAAGGAAGAAAUUACGAUACUGCAGAAAACCAUUGACGAGUUGGACAAAGAAAAGGACAAUUUAAUAUACAGUAUGGAUCAGAAAAGCGAGAAGAUUUCCUCUCUUGAGGGCAGCCUGGCUCUUAAAGAAAAUGUAGUACAACGCAUGCUCAGGGAGAUGGAAGAAUCUGCUCGGCAAUCUUCUAAGACUAUCAGCAGUCAUGAGCAGGAAGUCAGUCGGCUACGUCGGCAAAUGGAUGAGAUCAGUGAAGAAUUGUCUCGAACAGGAAGGGAAAAUGAGACUGUAGUUCAAGAGAACUUAUCUCUGCAUGACCAGUUAUCCAAGAACAAAGUUGAGAUCCAGACAUUAACUCAUAAACUGAAAGAUGUCCAAAAUGAACUUCAGGAUGUGAAGCUAAAACUUCAAGGUGCUAAAACAAAUGUUGCACGACUCGAAAAUUCUAUGGCUUCAAAAGAGAAAGAAAAUCGAGACCUCCUUGAAAAUUACCGCAAAUCCUCAUCUCAGGCAGAUAUAUGGGAAGAUAAAGCUCACCAACUGGAGAAAGAAUUUAACUCUGUAAAGCUGGACCUUCUUGGUGCAGAGUCAGAAAGAAGAAGACUUAGAGAGAGAGUUGAUGCCUUAGAAUUAGAGUCUGAACAACAUGUCACCUCAGAACAGUCUUCUAAAUCUCAGAUAAGCACUUUGGCUAAAUCAGUGUCAAGGUUGGAAGAAGAGCUGCGACAGGUUAGAGCAGAGAAGUCAUCGGCCCUCAGUGACCUGGCUUCUACAAGAGAACUGUGUGUUAAACUGGAUUCUGGUAAAGAAAUGAUAAACCGACAACUCUGCGCCAAAGCACAAGAUGUAGAGAUGCUGCGGCAAGAACUGGAAUCCUGUCACGCAGAGAUAGAACUCCUGAGGAAGCAGCUAGCCAGUGAAAGAAUCUCUGCGAAGAACCUGGAAGCUAUUUUAGCAUCAAACCAAGACAAAGAUUUUCAGUCCCAAGUGCGAGCCAAGGAACUUGACUCAGAACUUCAGCUGCUUGGAGAUAGGCUGAUGUUGACUGAGAGCAAACUCGGAACUCAGAGUCGGGAAUCAGGACAACUGAGAAACAAGAUAGCGCAACAAGAGGCUGAGCUUGAAAUUACAAGAAGGCAACUAGCCACAGAGCGAUUCGAAAGAGAGUUUGCUGUCAAGGAGCUCAGACGCCAGAAUUUCCAGGCAACCUCAACCUUUAGGAGAACACCAAGUCCUUCCAGACUCUCCCCAGAACGUUCUUUCCGUUCUCCUGAGCGCUGUUCCAGAUCUCCCGAAAAGUUCUUAGAGAAUCGUCAUCAGAUUUUCAUUUUUAGUUACUACGGAGUCUUCUGUUUAGAGACUACUAAACAAUGGAUUCAAAAUGUAAGCUCUUUUGAACGACCCAUCUUCAGUGGCACCUGA